GUGAUAAAAUUCCUUCCUGCAUUACCGGCAAAGGUUACAUUUGUUUUGUAUAUACGUUCAGUAUAGUAGAUAUCUGUAUAUUUGUUUUAUUCUGUAUAUCUGUGUAUGGUCGCGUAUGUAGAAGACUUUGCCGGAGGGCCGGCGUGUUUUUAUAAUACAGAUUUUGGACGAUUCACGAUCGGAGCCGGCAUCUAGGAUUUAUCAGUUUUAACACUAAGACAUGGACCCAGGGGCGAUCACGACGGCCGUCCUCGGAUUUGCCGUAGUCUGCAUAUUCAGAGAGUUCCUGGUAUGGCUGAGGUACACCAUUCCCAAGUCAGUCCAAUGUUGGUUUUGCCAUCACAACACUCAAGUACCUUAUCAGAGUUCGAACAGCUGGCACUGUCCAAACUGUGAUCAAUACAACGGAUUUAAAAAGGAUGGAGACUACAACAAAACUAUAUUUAGGCAAUAUGAGGAGAAGAUGAAUUUCCCCGUGACAAUAAAAGGACGGUGCAAAAACGAUUGGAAGACUGUCAACGAACUGUGCAAAAUGUGCAAUUACAACCAGGAGCUCAAAGUGAAGUUGCUUGCCGAGUUUGUGCCUAUAAGUGAAAGAAAUUACAACAAGGAAAUUGAGCAUUACAAGGCUCAGUUGGAUAACUGCUUUAAAUUGUGCAACAAAUGUGACCACCUUCUUUAUGACAUUUUCAUGAAAGAAAGGCAGGAUUUCUUAGUUCCUAGAAAACUUAAUGCUAAUAGAAAAGCCAAUCAACCAGGAAAAUUUGCUUUGAUAGUCAAUUUUAUUUUAUCAUUGUGCCUGACGUUUUCGGCUUAUAUGCAGAUGUACGGGAUUAACGGAUUCCCCUGGGACCACUACUCAAACCUGACUUACAGAUAUUUAAUUAAAAACGCUGCCAAGACAAAAAUUGUUUUAAAUAACAUACCGAAAUGGAAUGUGUAUUCGUCAGCACUCAACCAGUGCAGCGUACUUCUGAUUUCUGGAUUUGCUUUUAACGUCUACAGCGCUUACCAGACUCGUUCAAAUCUGAUCACCCUUAACGCUGUGUCUUGGGCUUUUAAUAUGUUUCUCAAUUUUUAUUCAAUUAACCUAAACGGCUGGAAUUUUUCUCUUGAAGCUGUUUCUGGUAUUAUUUCAUGCCUAAUCUGUGCCCAUAUAUUCUUUGAUGUCAAAACACCUAAAAAGUCAAAAAUUGAACCAAAACCAAAGUUUAAUGGUUUCACGUCUAAAACUUAUGUACCUGCAACAUCAACACCAGUUGAAUCACCAAAUCAAAGUUUUAGCCACUUUGAAGAACAAGUAUUGCCUCAAUUAAACAAAAGCAACAUAGAAAAUUCAACAAAAAGAGAAGGGUCAAUAGAGACUAGAAUAAAAGGUUUAAACAUCGGUGAUGGUACAUCAAAAGGUGUACGGCCUUUAUACACCAACGGGCAUGCAUUCACCAAUCCAUACCCUGAUGAUUACAUCGCCACACCGUAUUGGUGGGAAGCAGACAAUUCGGCCUCAAUUUUUUCUUCCACAGCCCAGCACUCAAAAGCUGAGAGCAUCAAGUCAGGAAAGAGCGGCAAUUUUUCAUCAAGGUUUGUAAACGAUAUGCCUCAACAUCGUGUGAAGUCAUUCACUUUCUUCCCGCCGUCUCUAUCGAAGACUUCAAGAUCAAACAGGGACAUGGACACUCUUUCAAGCCCCUCUGACGAAUGCAUGUCUUGCUCAGGGCAUUCUGUCCACUGCCGUCGGUUUUCUAAUCAGUCAUACACCCCUAGCUACUUUAACAUCUCACCUACCCCUACUCUCCAUUGUCAGUAUCGACCUUAUUCAAGACACAUGUGAUCACAA